AAAGGCCCAAUUUGUUUUUUAAACCCUAAAAACCAGCCAGAGGCCCAGAGGCACUCCUAACCUUUCCCUUGUGCGAAGAAGCGGCUCUUUCUCGCCUCAUCUCUUCAAUCCCGCUCCGAUUGAAAGAACCCAAUUUUGAUCAAUAAAACGGUUGAACUACCGUGAGCCCAGGAGUACAGAAUUACUCUGCACUCUGCAGCGAACCCCUAACCGGCCCUUGUCUGCGAACCCACCAUACAUGCUAGUAUAGAAGGAUUUCGUUUACCUCUGCCGACCUUCGUUCGCUCAAUUAAAGUGGUACGAUUCUUUCAAGUCAGUUUGAGUUGCUGCUUGCGACACUUGGAAGUCUAGGAUUUACCGUGAAAGAAGUCUUACUUUGACUCUUUUGUGGCUUGUGCAAUGUUGGACGAGAGUCAGUUUGACGUGCAUUUGAAACUUUUGGCAAUUAGGAUCCCUCGCGAGUUCUGCAAGGUUGCAACUCGUAUACUAAAUGGAUACUUACUGGACAAAGCUCGUGUUAAACCUAUCACUGAAGAUCCAACAUGUGAAAAAAAUCGUUACAUGAUACUGUCAGAGAAGGUUAAAAGUCCUGAUUUAUCUGAAAUUCCCGACCAAAAACUAGAAGAACUGAGGAAGUCAAUCAAGAUUGAAGUACUUCCCUAUUCAUUGACCCUAGGGUAUUCUUAUUGGGGUGCAGAUCACAUACUGAAACAGAUUUUACCUCUCGGAGCUGAGGUGCCCUCGUCUUUUGAGACAAUAGGUCAUAUUGCACAUCUAAAUAUACAUGAUGAGCUACUUCCUUACAAAGAUGUUAUUGCAAAGGUCAUUUAUGAUAAAAAUUAUCCAAGGAUCAAAACUGUUGUAAAUAAGGUUGGAACGAUAACAAACGAAUUCCGAGUGCCAAAGUUUGAAAUUUUAGCUGGAGACAGCGAUAUGGUCACAGAAGUGAAGCAAUAUGGAGCAACGUUCAAGCUUGAUUACAGCUUAGUAUACUGGAAUUCUAGAUUGGAACAUGAACACAUGAGACUGGUUUCUCAAUUCAACCCUGGGGAGACAGUUUGUGACAUGUUUGCUGGUAUUGGUCCUUUUGCUAUUCCAGCGGCACAGAAAGGAUGCAUGAUUUAUGCAAAUGACUUGAAUCCAGAUAGCAUUCAGUAUUUGAAGAUAAAUGCAAAAGUCAAUAAGGUUGAUAAUCUUAUUUGUGCAUACAACAUGGAUGCUAGGAAAUUCAUAUCUCAACUGACGGCUCCUCCGGUUCCUGAUAUUAAUCUGGAAUCUGAUGUUUCAAUGCUCAGAACUUGUGACAAUCAGGGCAUACCAGCCAAUGAGGAGCCUAGGUUGGAGAAAGGAAGGCAAGAUGACGAAAAAGAGAUACAUGAUAAUCUGUUAAGGAAUUCAGAGAGGGUUCAAAGUUCAUGUAUGAUUGUGGAUGUUUCUGUGGCUGCUGUUAAAAGACCUUCCAAUUGCUGCGAGGAAGAAAAUGGCGGUUCCAAGUUUUCUGGCAAGUCUUUUGCUGCUUGGGAAAAAGGAAGCUUGCGUAAGAGGAUGAGGGCUUCUGAGUUGCCUAACACUAAGAGUUGGGAGCAUGUUGAUCAUGUCAUUAUGAACCUUCCUGCUUCUGCUCUUCAAUUUCUAGAUGCAUUUAGGGGUAUUAUCCGGAGGAAAUAUUGGAAGGUGCCACUGCCUUGGAUUCACUGCUAUUGCUUCAUACGGGCAAAUGAAACCGAAGAAAUGAUAAUUUCGGAAAGUCUUCUUCUGCUGCAAAAUUUUAUUGUUAAUUUUUUUUAUUUGUUUCAACAUAAUUUAUAUUUCAGCAAAAUUUAUACAAGUCAUACUAUUUGCCUUUUGCAGGUGGCAGAAUCUGCCUUAAAUGCCCCUAUACAAGACCCAGUCUUUCAUCGGGUUAGAGAUGUUGCUCCAAAUAAGGCUAUGUUUUGCUUAAGCUUUAGGCUGCCAGAAGCAUGCUUUAGUGAAAAUGUCGCCAGUGGAGCAUCGUGAUCUCAUUGAAGUUAUUUCAUAGUGAUUUGGAGUUCACGUUUCAGGGUUCUGGUGUUUUUGGCCCUUGCUUCUACACUGCUGUAGAAGGUUUUUGGCCCUUGCUUAAACACAAAAAGAAGCACGAAGCUGAAGAGAGCCUAGCUUUUGAUCAUGGAUUUUUCAACCAUUAUACCAAGAUCGUAACCCAAUCUAUUGUAUGAAGUCACAUGUUUAUCCCGGUCAAUUAGGUUUAGUAGUUACUACAAGUGCUUUUCCGAAGGCCUUAAAUUUGAGUUGCACUGCUUUUGGAAAUAGAAUUCUGACGUAUGUGACUCACCUGGUAUGUGUUGGGAUAAUUGUUUGUUACAUGUAUCUUUUCUUAUUGAUUCUCAUCUUUUAUGGUGUGGACUAGGGUUGAAACCAGUCUCAAAAGAGUAUUAAGUCUUUGUUGGAAAUAAAGUCAAGAUGUGGGAGGAAGAAAGCUUUUUCUCAUUA